GAUCAUGGUCUUUUUUUUCAAUCUGUUGUCGUCUUUCGUUGCAGCCAAAAAUGCAUCGUAUUCUUUGAUGAGGCAGGGUAGCUCCUCUUGUUGUAGCCUGUUGUAGAUGUGGAUUUUUGAAGAGCACCUCGUCGACAAUUUACGCGAAGGAAGUUGUUACAAAUGUUGAACCUAUCUUUAACUAGCAAGUUCGCUCAAGUAGCGAGUGAUCAACUCAUUUGCUUGAAUUUGAAUUAGCGCCUUCCUCACACAAUUGAAACUUCGUGAAAGGAUUUAUCCUAUCCUAUCCUUACCAGCAGUACUACGAAAAAUAGACCACUAUAUGAUACUUGGUCACUGACAAAGGUAACUUAAUUCUCGUUACUAGUCAGGUCUGAUAAUCGGAAGUAGUGAGCUGUUCAACAUUCUUUGUUUAAGGGUUUUCGAAUCACAUUCCCCCUUCAUCCUUGGCCCUUUUCCUAGUAGAGACGAGGCCAGGGAUGUUCCGAGGAAUGUAAUUCCGUAACCUCUAAUUUGUCUACUGAGUAGACAUAGAUUACUGAGCACCCAGCUAAUUUGCUAGACCCAGAGACAGGAUGAUUUUCGCACGAACCUGGCUUCUGCGAAAAGGUACCCUACGAUUUGGGAUUCUCUUCGCUGCUUUCGAGUCAGUCUCGUGGCCGCUUGUUUUCGUCACAGCGAAUAAGGACAAGAAAGCAGCCCGACGAGGGCGAAUUUCUGGAGAGCCAGUGCCUGACCCACGUAUACAACCAGGCACUUCUUAUUUAAUCGACGAUUUUCGCACGAGUAUAUGUAUUGAUCAUCCAGCCUCAGUGAAACCACAUCCAAUGUAGUUUGUUUGCUUGAUAUUUCUAAGUAACAAUUGGCGCAUGAUAGUACGAUCUGAAACCACUUGGAAGCAACCUUGUUACUAUGACGUAAUUUUUUUUUGAAUUUCAAACUUUACAAACAACAGGAGAAAGAGAAUUGAAUGACCAGGAGCUGGAAAAGGAACGUCCUGAACUAAAAGCGAAUCUUAACGGACUGCCAGCGCACGUUCUGGAGCUCCAAAAAAAGCUCGAAGCAGAGCGCCGCGCAAAGGCUGCAGCGAAGCCUCCGCAAUCGAAUGAAGGUGCCGAGACUGCA